AUGGCUAUCAACCUAUCCCUGCCAUCAACGAUUGAAUUAUGGAAGAAGCGUGUCGAGGAGCUCGGCAUACAGAAUCUAUCCCUUCAUACCUCGAAGCACACCUCUGCUUCGGGAAUCCAAGAGCGACAAUACUUGCUUAUGCGAGUCCUUUGGAUAGAGGUCAAGGGUAAAGCCUUCGACUGGGAUCUUUCUGGGCUGAAGGAGUGGCAGGAGGAAGCGGACGACCGACUCUCCAAAUACAACUCCUGGCGAACAUACCGCGAAUCCCUGCGAUCCCCCCAGAUCCCAGAAUCCAGCUUUGCCGUUGCCCAGCUAUGCCAGCGGCAAGCGGAGGGCAUCCGAUCCGAAGACAUGAGGCCCAGCGUGGCCGUGACCCCAGUGAAGCAUCGUUAUAACACCCGGCUCAACCCCACGGACCCGGAGUUCGCCAAGGGCCAGCCACCGCUGAAGGGCUUCCGCGAGAGACUGCAAGAUAUGAAGAUCAGUGCGACCACGCCCCAAACGCCCACUGGAAAGCUUCUCGAGGAUGAGUAUGAUGACGGUCCUCCAGAUACAGAACCAAGUCCCUACACUGUGGUCAGCCCCGGCGAGCCCGAACUCCAGUCCCUGAUGUGGCCGCCGACAAAGGACGAGCAGAUUGUCAACGCGGCCUUGGUCAAUUAUCUGAUUGCGCUGACCGUGCAUACGGGUCUACCUCUUGAAUGGAGCUUUCACCGCAUCGCGCUAAAGGCCGACUUUGAGCAUACCUCGUAUGAAGCCCGAACAGAUGGGUACCUCGAAGUCGUGUCCGGGUCCAUGUCCUCCAACAAUGAAGAGAAGAGGGUGCGUGCCUUGAUCGAAGUCAAGGCAGCGCGGCGAUACAAGAAGCCCAACCCUAUCUGCAUGCAGGAAGCUGCACAGGCAGUUGCCUGGCUAAAGAGCUACCCCGACCACGGUGGGCUUCUGAAUACUCGUGGUCGACGCAUCCAUGUUUCCCAGGAUAGACAUGAAAUCUUUAUCAUCGUCGCGGAGUAUGACGAGGCCUACCUAGCGUUCUUGAGAGACGAAAAAGAGAGUCCAGACGCCUUCAUGAGAAUGCGCCAGUAUGGCCCGUGGAACACCUUGGACCGAACCGAUAUGGAACGCGUUACCCCCAUCCUGCUUGCAAUCGCACUGCGCGCCAACGCAGACUGCCAAGCAGAGUUCUUUAGCACCGAUUCAACACUUGAAUAA